AGUUAAGCGAGCAUCAUGGCGUUGGACUUGUCAAACUACGACGAGGAGCAGGUCAAGUUGAUGGCCGAGGAGUGCAUUGUCAUUGAUGAGAAUGACAAGGUCACAGGUCACGACUCGAAGAAAAACUGCCAUCUCAUGGAGAACAUCAACAAAGACCUUUUGCACCGUGCCUUCAGCGUUUUCCUCUUUAGCAGCGAGGGCAAGCUUCUGCUUCAACAGCGCGCUGACGAGAAGAUCACGUUUCCUGGCUACUGGACCAACACUUGCUGCAGCCAUCCCCUCUAUCGUCCUGAGGAGCUUGAAGAGGAAGGCCAGCAAGGCGUGCGCUUUGCGGCCCGCCGAAAGCUCGAGCAUGAGCUGGGCAUCAACCCCGAACAAAUUAGCUUGGAUGAGUUUACCUACCUGACUCGCAUUCACUACAAGGCCCCCUCUGACGGCACCUGGGGCGAGCAUGAGAUUGAUUACAUCCUCUUCCUGCAGAAGGACGUUAGCUUUGAGCCCGUUCCCAACGAGGUGCAGGCCACGCGCUGGGUCACCCAGGAUGAGCUCCGUGAGCUCAUGGCCACUGCUGAUGCCCAGGGCCUCAAGAUUACCCCCUGGUUCAAACUGAUUGUGGAGAACUUCAUCUACCCCUGGUGGGACAAGCUGGAUAACCUCGACACCAGCCAACAGGACAAGAUUCAUCACAUGUAAACGGCCUCUCAGCUUUGUCCGUGCCUUUCCGUGUGCAUGCCCCAGGGCUCUCUUACUCCUUAGUCGCCUCCUGAAUUCUCAUCGACACAUACGUCCCCUCACUCCUCCGCCUACAAUUGAUGCCUCCACUGAA